AUGAGGGAGAUUGUGGCACUGUUUGUUAAGGCUAGGAAUGCAUGUUCAUCGAUGAGAAAAUUACCCAAGAUAGACGAUCAUGGGAAGUUUGUUGUUCCAUGUUUGAUAUCAGGGGUUGAGUACAUUGCUUCUCUCAUGAUAAUGGGUCCACGAUUAGUCUCAUAUCUAAGUACGUUGAUGAGAUAUUGGGUGGUGGAUAUGGGCAAUGGUUUUAAUACACCUUUGAUUUUGGGGAGGGCGUUUCUGGCCAGAGUAGUUGUAGUAUUUGAUUUGCCUAAGAACAAGAUAUUGUUUGCAAACAACGAUGAAAAUGUCUACUACAAACUAGUUACAUCUAUGAACGACGAACUUUGUCAACUAAAACCGAUUUUUGAUAUUCCUUCAAAAAUUUGCUGCAAUGUUUUUAGUAUCAAGCUGAAGGUAGAGACAACAACAGAUGAAAUUUAUGCAGAAAUUUCUUUGUUACCUGAUACAUCUGAAGUUGAAAUCCCAACUCCUAGACAUGAAAACAACAUACAAAACAUUAACUAUUUUACUAAGGUGUUAAGUGCUUCUGACACCAAUAAAAAGGGUAGUUUUGUUUUGAAUAAAAGACAUGCCAUUGAAUGUCUUCCUCUGCUGGAUACAUUUCAGCUAACACCAAGUCAAGAGGUAAUUGCUAAAGAUAUUCAUGGUCAUGAAUGGAGCUUUAAACACACUUUAAGAGGUACGCCACAAAGACAUCUUUUCACAUCUGGUUGGAAUGAGUUUGCAAAAGGAAAAAAUUUGGUUGUUGGAGACUGUUUUGUAUUUCUCCGAGGAGAGAAUGGAGAAUCGCGAGUUGGAAUCAGAAAAUCAGCUCAUCAUCAACAACACAACAUACCAUCACCAGUAAUUUCAAAACAGAGUAUGCACCAUGGUGUAGUUGCUACUGCAUUGAAUGCUAUCGAAAGAAAAUGUAUGUUUGUUGUGUUCUAUAAGCCAAGGUCGAGCCAGUUCCUUGUCAACUUUGAUAAAUUUAUAGAUGGAGUGAAUAGGAAAUUUAGUGUAGGCUCCAGAUUUUUGAUGAAAUUCGAAGGAAGAGAUUUUAGUGAAAUAAGAUACUAUGGAACAAUAGUAGGAGUGAAAGAUUUCUCCACUCAUUGGAAGGAUUCAGAAUGGCGAAGUCUAGAGCUACAAUGGAAUGAAGCUGCAACAAUUCCAAGACCUGAUAAGGUAUCUCCAUGGGAGAUCGAGCCUUUAACACAUUCAUCGAACAUUCUCAAAUCAGUUUUUCUAAAAAACAAACGUCAAAGUGAAAUAAAUGAUUUUGGUAAGUAAACACUACUCAAUAAGUUAAAACAUCAUUGUGAAUUAUUUAUCAUUUUAUUUCUUCUUAUAUGUUCAAAUAUGUGGGUUCCUACAUUGAUCCAAGGACUAGAAAUUGGACAGACGAGCAUACAAUCUUCAGUGAGCUACUCAUUCCCUAGCAUUUCCAAACCCAACUACAAUGAGCAAAUGGUUCAAGCAAUGAAAGAAACGUCAACUACGACCGAGGCUGCUAGCUACAGACUGUUUGGAGUUGAUCUAACAGUUCCUGCAAAAACAAAGGAUCCCGUACAACCAACUCACUCAUAUAAAAAAUCUAAGAUUUCUAAAAUCUUUGAAGAAGAAAAGGUUGACCACAUCCAAACUAAAACUAAGGUAUGAAAUUGAUCACCAUCUUCUUAUUUUGUACUUAUUAGUCAAGUUAAAAACUAUCUAUUAGGUACAACUAAAACAUGGGUUUUCAUUAAAAAAAGUAUGUUGUUAUUCUGAUCUUAGAUUUUUAAUAAAAAUUGCAUAUACUUAAUAGAUUUAGAUGACUAUAAAGUUCAUCUGCUUUUGAUAUGGUUAUUGAUCAGGUUUGCAUGGAAGGUGCCGUAGAAAGAACUAUGGAUUUAACUGUUUUUGAUGGAUACAAUCAGUUGAUCGAUGAACUAGAAAGACUCUUUGAUAUCAAAGACAAGUUGCAUAUGCACAAUCAAUGGAAAAUAGUUUUUAUAAACGCUGAUGGAGAUAUGAUGCUUCUUGGCGAUGAUCCGUGGCCGUAAGUUUUUACUUUCUUUUUUCUUAAUACUUGGAAAAAUUAGUUAGUAUUUUUUUAUUUUUUGUAGCAAAUUUUGCAGUACGGCGCAGAAAAUAUUCAUAUAUUCAGAAAACGAUGCCAAAAUAGUGAAUGCAGAUAACAAAUUCGCUGAAGGUGACCCAAGGUUGACAACAACAAUCUUACCACCAGAUGUCAACAAUAAUUAAAGAGGGUUUUGGUUUAAAAAAUGUAAAACUUGCUUAUUUUAUAAUUUAUUCAAGAUAAGACUUGGAAAUGUGUGUGACUUAUAACUUAAGAGUAUAUUAUGGAGUGCUUUGGCAUUUAAUGAUUGAUGUUUUGUCUAUUGAUUGAAGUUUUAAAUGAAACACAUAUCUUUCAUUUUUUUUUCAUUUCAAAUAUCUUUCUGGCAUGUUUAUUAUUGUGGGUAGGGGAGUAAACCAACCCAAAACCAAAUCAUAUCCAAAUCGUUUUAAAGCUUAUAUGGGUAAUGGAUUAAAACAAGAGUGAAUUAGGCCAAAAUCCCACAAGAAUUUACUAAUUAGGAAAAUGCCCAAAACAUAAAUCAUGUGGGCUUUGUAUUGUAAGUAGGAUAGACGAA